UGCUACCGGCAAUUAUUUAUUUUGUACUAAUGAUUCUAAUUAUAUCUAAAACUACAUGGAACAUAUCGUCUUUGCCGAUAACGUCAUCGACGUAUGGCAAUGGGAAGCGUGCUUAGAAUCGAAAUGUAGAUGGGAGGGAAGUCCGGCUUCCAUCAAAUUGCUGUAAACUUAGACAUGAGAAUGAAAGUUGUCUGAGGCAAACAUGGCGCCGCAUGGUAGGCAAAGUAAUGCUGUUGGUAAAAGAAAUGUGCUGAAAGUAAUUAAGCUGUGUUUCGAGAAGUACUUAACAAAACAGUUUCUGUAUUCACUGGUAUUUGAUCCCCAUAGAUUGACUUUUGUAGCAUGUUGUCUUUUGCUGGCAGAAGUCGUGGUCAAUAUUCUAGUUAUCCAGCAAGUGAAAUACACAGAGAUUGAUUGGGUGGCGUACAUGCAGGAAGUGGAGGGUGUUUUGAAUGGAACUUUUGAUUACACGCAUCUGAAAGGUGACACAGGACCACUUGUUUAUCCAGCAGGCUUUGUUUAUAUUUAUACUGUGUUGUACUACGUCACAAAUCAUGGACAAAAUAUAAGACUUGCACAGUAUAUAUUCGCUUCUUUGUACAUCUCCCUUCUUUGCUUAGUAUUCAGAAUUUACAUGAAAAGCAAGAAAGUGCCUCCUUAUGUUUUGGUUCUAACUUCUUGUUCUUCGUAUCGCAUCCAUUCAAUAUUCGUGCUGCGACUAUUCAAUGAUCCCGUGGCCAUGGUUUUGUUUUAUGCAUCAGUGAAUCUCUUCUUAGAUUCCAAAUGGAGCCUGGCAAGUUUGUUAUAUAGCAUGGCAGUAUCAGUGAAAAUGAAUAUUCUGCUAUUUGCACCAGCCAUUCUGUUGAUGUACUUAACAUGCCUUGGCCUGAAGGGAACAUUAAUACAGUUGACAAUAUGUGCGUCUGUUCAGAUUCUUCUUGGUAUGCCAUUUAUUCUGACUAAUCCUAUAGCUUAUAUUCAUGGUGCUUUCAACCUUGGUCGUGUAUUUUUGUAUGAGUGGACGGUGAAUUGGAGGUUUAUGCCAGAGGACAUUUUCACAAGUUUGUACUUUCAUAUGGGGCUCCUUGUGUUGCACAUAACCUUACUUCUGUUCUUCUAUAAUUCUGCGCUGACCUGCCUUCAAAGUUAUGCUACGCUAAUUGGUAUCGAGAAGAAGGUGAGGAGACAGCUUUCGAACCGCACAGAAAAGGUGAAUAUGGACACAGCAUCACAGUUGCUGUUGCUGCCACUUUUCACUGCCAACCUCAUUGGCAUAGCCUGCAGUAGGUCCUUGCAUUACCAGUUCUAUGUCUGGUACUUCCACAGUCUUCCCUAUCUUCUUUGGUCUACUCAUUUUACAAGUAUUGGUAGGCUGUGCAUCCUUGGAAUCAUUGAACUGUGUUGGAACACUUUUCCAUCAACAUAUCUGAGCAGCAUCACAUUACACUUGUGCCACAUCAUUAUCUUGUUAGGUCUGGCUAGAAGCAGGCCAACUCUGAAGCUGAAAUAAGAGCACGCCAAGUGUCAUCUGAAUUGUACAGAAUUGAAGUGUGUGUACUGAGGAGGGAAUGGCUACAGAGAACCACAGGUCAAUCCACAAGUCUCAGGGUUUAUUUUAAGGAAAUCCUAAAUACUAGUACAAAUCCAUUCUCCAUACCCUGUGACAAGAACUUUGAUGCUGUAUGCAGAAGAGGACAGUGAAGUGAGAUUUUCUUGCAGUCCACGUCACUCAGUAUGACAGUACUAUGUAACAUCAUGAAUCCUUUUCUUGAUUAGUGUUAAACCUACAGUCUUAUCUGCAACAAUUUAUGAAAAUUUUAUAAAAGCUAGUCACUUUAAAAGUUUUCACAACAUGUUUCAACCCAAUUGGGCAUCAUCAGGUGUUGAAAGUUGUGGGUGAGGAAACUGCUGUCUUUCUGCAUUGAUGUUAAGUUGUUGAUAUUUGGUUCCCCAAGCUUAUAUUAAGUUUUAAUAAAUUGUUGCACAUAAGACUGUAGAAUUAACACUAAGUGAGAAGUGCAACAGGAUGCUUUAAUAUAAUUAUUACCUUUUCUUGGUGUUUAUGUACAUAAACUCUUUGACAAAACAGGAAUCUUCAAAACUUUCCUUCAUGAAACAGGGAACAUUUUGAAGGUCAAGCUUUUUGCUGUGUCCACAUUUUUAAAUUGUGCUAAUAUUUGGUCCAUUUAAAUGUUCCUAAAAUAACAAUAUAUAUACCUGGCUGUAAUACAAUUGUUUUUACUUUGAUUUUCCUUUAAGACAUGGAUUACCUUUUUAAGUUUGAAAAAAAUGGGUUAAAAUCAGUUUCUGUAGAAAUAUCAUCCAGAAACUAUGGUUUGCCACAGAACUUGGUAAUCCGUACAUUUCCAAAGCAUAUAUCAUGAUCAGUUUUCUGGUAUUUUAAUCAUUAUACUCAUGUGCAAUUUGUACACUUCUCUGAAGAACUCUGCCUUUUGGGAUGUAAUGCUGUGUAUUCAAUUGAAGGUCAGCUGAUGUUUCAGAGGAACGUAUCGCCUCCAUCUUAAGGCUUGAAGUAUAAGUCAUGUAAGAAACCAGUGUGAAGAAGGUAGUCAUCUUUCAAUGGACUACAUGGUGUUAUAUGCCAGAAGAUAGAACUCUUCAUAACCACUGCUGUGAGAAACUCAAAUCCUACGUGUACAGUUCUGUGUUUUUGUGCUGUUAGAUUACAGCCUGUGUCUCCACUUUUGAAGUACAUUUUACAGUGAUAACAUCGAUGGGAUGUGAUGCCAUAUUUCCAUUGCCUUCUUUUUCCCCCGCUUAGUGGGGGGUGGAACCCAGCUGGGUCCACUUGGCAUGGUGACCACUGAUUGGCCUAUUGUACCUGCCCCAG